AUUCAGAAAGUUAAGUGUAGUUCUGUGCGCGUUUGGCCGAAAUCAUGGCGGAGCUUGCAGAUUUGAACCCGGAGCAAAUAGAAGAGUACCGCAGAUCGGUGUCCCAAGCCAAGCAGGAGGCCCGAAAUGGGAACCUGGAAGCGUCUCUCAAAUUGUUCCAACAGGCCCUUGAAAUCCAUUUCAGUGAAAAGCUGACCGUGAACAUUAAAAAGUUGGAGGAAGCCCUGGCGUCUUUGGCUGUGGAAGAGGAUGGCGACGACAGCUUUGUGGAUGUGUGUCAGAGCGGAUUCAUGCUGUAUGGAGAAAUGCACGAUAAGCUUUUUGACUAUCAGAGAGAAGGGGUUGCUUUUUUGUACAAGUUAUAUCGAGACAGAAGGAAGGGCGGCAUCCUGGCAGAUGACAUGGGACUCGGGAAGACCAUUCAGGUCAUCGCGUUCCUCUCUGGGAUGUUUGACGCAGAACUCAUCCGUUCUGUGUUGCUGAUUCUCCCAGCCACCCUUCUUAACAACUGGGUGAAAGAGUUUGCCAAGUGGACGCCAGGCCUGCGAGUGAAAGUUUUUCAUGGGACCAACAAAACUGAACGUAACAGGUCUCUGGAGCGGAUCCAGAGGAGGAAAGGGAUCUUGCUCACAACAUACCAGAUGCUCCUCAACAGCUGGCCGCAGCUUUCUAGCUUUCGUGGGGAAGAGUUUGUUUGGGACUAUAUCAUUCUGGAUGAAGCCCAUAAAAUCAAAACUCCAUCUGCUAAAACGACAAAAUCUUUGUAUGCCAUUCCUUCCAAAAACCGCAUCCUUCUCACAGGGACUCCGGUCCAAAACAAUCUCAAAGAACUUUGGGCUCUUUUUGAUUUUGCUUGUCAAGGCUCGCUUUUGGGUACCAGCAAAACCUUUCGGAUGGAAUAUGAGAACCCCAUCACAAGAGCCAGGGCAAAAGAUGCUACUCCUGGAGAGAAAGCUCUGGGACUUAAAAUCUCAGAAAACCUGAUGUCCAUCAUUAAGCCAUAUUUUCUGAGACGGACUAAAGAUGAGCUCCAGAAGAAGAAAAAGGUUGAGCUUCCAAACCAUCUUUCUGAAAACCAAAGAAAAGAUGUUGUUCCCACCAUGCCUUCUCUUCCUCGAAAGAAUGAGUUCAUUGUAUGGGCGUUCUUAUCACCCAUACAAGAGGAAAUAUAUAGAAAUUUUAUAUCCUUGGAUCAUAUCAAGGAGCUGUUGUUGUCUACCAGGUCCCCACUAGCUGAAUUGACUGUCCUGAAGAAGCUCUGUGAUCACCCAAGACUCUUGUCAAAUCGAGCAUGUAGUCAACUAGGGCUGGAAGCAUCCAAUUAUAGUGAACAAGAAGUUGGUGAAAAUGAACCUAGUGAGCUCCCAGACAUGAAGAGGAGUAUUGGGCAUGUUUCUGAUGAGAUGCUGAUUCAGGAAUCUGGAAAGCUGAGCUUUCUUGUGGCACUGCUGGAAAGACUGCGAGAUGAGGGACAUAGAACUCUGGUGUUCUCCCUAUCGCGAAAAAUGUUGGACAUUAUAGAGCGCGUCUUAACUCACAGGGGCUUUAAGCUCAUGCGCAUUGAUGGGACAGUGACCCACUUGGUAGAACGAGAGAAGAGAAUUGGCAUGUUUCAAAACAAUGGAGACUACUCUGUCUUUUUGCUUACUACUCAAGUUGGUGGGGUUGGUUUAACCUUAACAGCCGCUAGCCGGGUGGUGAUUUUUGAUCCUAGUUGGAAUCCAGCUACAGAUGCCCAAGCUGUGGACCGAGCUUACAGGAUUGGCCAAAAAGAGAAUGUCAUAAUCUACCGGCUGAUUACCUGUGGGACAGUAGAAGAGAAGAUCUAUAGAAGACAAGUCUUCAAGGAUUCCUUAAUACGUCAAAGCACAGGCGAUAAGAAAAAUCCCUAUCGCUAUUUCACUAUGCAAGAGCUAAAGGAGUUGUUCAUAUUGGAAGACACGCGAAGUUCAGCCACACAGCUACAAUUGCAGUCCUUACAUGCCACCCAAAGAAAAACAGACACUGAGUUGGAUGAACACAUUGCAUACCUCCACAUGUUGGAGAUAUUUGGCAUUUCUGACCAUGAUUUGAUGUACACACGUGAGACAGCACAUGAUGACAAAGCCGAAAAUGAAGAAGCUCACAGGUACAUUGAACACAGAGUCCAAAAAGCCCAAGAGUUGGUACAACUAGAAUCUCAGUUGAAUGACCAGCACAUGAGAAAUAUCCGAAACACGACUGAAGGAGCAUGGCUGAGAGAUAUAGAUUCAUCCACCCAGCCAAAAACAAAACCAUCCAAGUCUUCACCAGGUGAUACUCUUGGCCCAUCCAUGUCCAAAAGGACAAACCCAACAGACAUGGAAUCAACCACGAAGAAAUCACCAAAUCCCUCUCCAAGUCCUGUGGUUACCCCACCUGUACUUAUUAGUCCUGUCCUCAGUAAUGAAGUUAUUGAUCUUGUAAACGAUGAUGACAAUGACGUUGUUAGUGAUAUGGUCAAUUUGAGCUCUAGAAUGACCAGUCUGGUUGUUGAAGAUGUAGACGAUGAGCAAAUGCUUCAGAUUAUUUCUAAUACGGAAGAUGCUUUGCCUUCUGAGGAGAAAGAAGACCAAUUUUCCAGCUUCCAAGAGUAUGAACUAAAGCCUGGGACUGGUCUUGUGUCCCCUUUUCAGACUCAUUCAAUAUCGAACAAGGAGGACUACAGUUCUGAAUCUAGCGCAGUCUCUGAACUGCCUGCCCAGGAUACGGAUGAUGUGCAAAUGGUUUUCCAUACAAUCAAUAUGGAUGUUCUCCAUUCCAAAAACAAAGAAUAUCAACCAACCAGACUGCAAGCAGAUGAACGAAAUGGGAGCCUAAAUACUUCAUUAUCUAUCAAAGGCAGUGUCAAGUCUGAAUCCAAAAUGAUCUCUUGUGAUCCAUCUCCAGAAGCAAGAAGCGAGCUUAAAGAUGUCCAGAUGAAACUGCUGCAGGACUCAGUUGUGUAUCCUUCUGAUGAUGACAUGCACCAAACUGAGGCUGACAUGUCACUUGAUGUUCUUCAUGGAGAUACGUGUGAAAUUAAGGAACUAGAUGCUAUGGCACCACAGGAGACCAUGGUUAGCAAAAUGACAGAAAACAUCGAGCUGCAGAAAUCUGAUGCCAGAGAAACUGCACAAUUCAAGUUUCUAGAUAUUUCCUCUCACUAUCAGCGCAGGAGAAAUAUCACAAACACGACUGAAGGAGCAUGGCUGAGAGAUAUAGAUUCAUCCACCCAGCCAAAAACAAAACCAUCCAAGUCUUCACCAGGUGACACUCUUGGGCCAUCCAUGUCCGAAAGGACAAACCCAACAGACAUGGAACCAACCACGAAGAAAUCACCAAAUCCCUCUCCAAGUCCUGUGGUUACCCCAUCUGUAUUUAUUAGUCCUGUCCUCAGUAAUGAAGUUAUUGAUCUUGUAAACGAUGAUGACAAUGACAUUGUUAAUGGUGUGGUCAAUUUGAGCUCUAGAAUGACCAGUCUGGUGGUUAAAGACGUGGAUGAAGAGCAAAUGCUUCAGAUUAUUUCUAAUAUGGAAGAUUCUUUGCCUUCUGAGGAGAAAGAAGACCAAUUUCCCAGCUUCCAAGUGUGUGAACUAAAGCCUGGGACAGGUCUUGUGUCCCCUUUUCAGACUCAUUCAAUAUCGAACAAGGAGGACUACAGUUCUGAAUCUAGCACAGUCUCUGAACUGCCUGCCAAGGAUACGGAUGAUGUGCAAAUGGUUUUCCAUACAAUCAGUAUGGAUGUUCUCCAUUCCAAAAACAAAGAAUAUCAACCAACCAGACUGCAAGCAGAUGAACGAAAUGAGAGUCUAAAUGUUAUAUCUUCUCUUUCCCAGGCUAUUUCAUUAUCUAUCAAAGGCAGUGUCAACUCUGAAUCCAAAAUGAUUUCUUGUGAUCCAUCUCCAGAAGCAAGAAGCGAGCUUAAAGGUGUCCAGAUGAAACUGCUGCAGGACUCAAUUGCGUAUCCUUCUGAUGAUGACAUGCACCAAACUGAGGCUGACAUGUCUCUUGAUGUUCUUCAUGGAGAUGCCAGUGAAAUUAAGGAACUAGAUGCUGUGGCACCAGAGGAGACCAUGGUUAGCAAAAUGACAGAAAACAUCAUGCCGCAGAACUCUGGCACAAGAGGAACUGCGCAGUUCAAGUCUCUUGAUAUUUCCUCUCGCUAUCAGGUCAAUUUCAACCUUGCCUUGGAGGAUUCUGAGAAUGGACCACAAACCAUCGCAGUAGAACACAUAUCAUUAGAGGAGACAGAAAAUGAAGGAUUCCAGCUGAGGUUGGAUAGCUACGGUAGCUCUGCAACUGAAUCAGUUGGGAGAGAAGGUGGGAGUCACAGAGGCCUCCAUACUAGCAAUGGUGCAGAGGACUCUGUGGUCAUGGACGAUUCCAAAAGUCCAUGUCAUAGUAGAGACAGUUUUGGGCUGGGAAAAAAGAAGCGUCCCGCAAUUAUUGUUUCGGAUGAAGAAGAGGAAAAUGAUGAAUUAAUAGAUGAAUUGGAUGAGGACAAGCCAGGCGGAAUCUGUAUGUCUACACCAAAGACCAACAGGCCAAUGGCUGAGAUUUGUUUUUCUCCAAGGAUCAAACUGAGUGGAAGAAGAUCAACAGCUUCUCGUCGAUCCCUCUUCGAUGUGGUUUUGGAAGAAGUGGAGGGUGCAGCCAAAGAAGCAGGAACUGCCAGCAAUGCAUCUAAUGAUAGGUCUGUUCAGCAUGAGUUUGAAGAAGAGCCAACCCAAAAUUACAUCGAGCCAAUGUCAGAGGAGGCGGAAGAGGAGCCGUCGGGAGAAACAUUGGAUUCUGAGAGAGAAUCUAGCCAUUUUCAGGAUACAGACUCUUCAAGAGGAGAAUCUUUUCUCUGAAGUCACAAUAUAAGGGGAAAUCUAAUCCUUUUGAAAAAAGAAAGCCCUUAGGUCAGGGGUCUCCAACUUUGGCAACUUUAAGACUUGUGGACCAACUCUCAGAGUUCCUCAGCCAGCUUUGCUGGCUGAGGAAAUCUGAGAGUUGAAGUCCACAAGUCUUAAAGUUGCCAAGGUUGGAGACCCUGCCUUAGGUUACUGUGCUUGAGUUGAAGGUUUGCUCUGAAGACUUGUUUCUACAGUUGGAUCUUGUUUUCGAGAGCCAGUUGCUGAAA